GUAACUGCCGCGCAAACUAAGAGAAAACUAAUUCAAAGAUGAUUGGUGCUUCUUCUUCGACUGGUGUUUCCCGUCCUCCCUUAUCAUCAUCAUCAUUUGAUACAACAACAACAACAAGAGGUAAAAUUAAUUUACCUUCUCCUUCCAUGAUAGCUAUUAAUUCUUAUAAUAAUCGUCAACUAGUUGAUAAUAUUAUUGUUGAUGAAUUUAAUCAAAAAUCAUUGUCAUCAGAUCAUACCAUUAGUAAAUUCUCCAAAACAUCAUCAUCAUCAUCUUGGUUCAAUCCUGUUACUACCAUUCAAAGUCUAAUUAAUUAUUCAUUGUUUUUGGUGGUGGUGAGUCAGUUGAUAUGUCCAGUCUUGUUACCUUUGGUGUUGUCAUCCUUUCUGGAAAAGCAGCCAUCAUCUGUAGUAGGUAGUAGUGAGAAUAUUGGGUCGGCAUCUGAUCAUUUUGUGGUUUCCUUCUCUGUGGGAUUUGAACAUGAGAAGAGACUUGUUACGAAUGUAAAUCUUUCGGCAACCAAGUUGAUUUUCAUGUUGCAAUGGUUGAUUCACAUUCCAUUGGUUGUGUUGCCAUAUAUUUCUUUGAUUGUGAAUAAGUCUUAUGUGAGAGAGAGUAGAAUGAUGGUUUAUUGGUUUUGUAUCUUGUCUCUUUUCCUAUCAAAUGUAGUAGUUUCGUUAAAACAAGCUAGUUUCGAUUGGAUUAGUUUCAUUCCUAGUAUUUUGGAAAGUACUGAUAUAAGUUGGGGAGGUGAAAAAUUAGCAUUUAACACAUCAAUUCCAUUUAUUAAGAAACAAUUGGAAACUAGUUCCAUUCUUCCACAAUUAUUAUCCCUCUUACUUUUCACUACUAUUACCUUGUAUUUUAUUAGAGAUGUAAUCUUUGGUUUGAAUGUUAAUUUUAGAGGAAGAGAUGAAAUUGUUGGCCUAAGAGAGUUUAUUGAAAGAGAAUUUUCCACAUGUUUAGUUUCUCCUCUUCAAGCAAUGCUCAAAUUGACUAGCAUUGAUUCAAAUUUGGAAAUUAUCAACCAUGGAAUCACUAACAUUCCACAACAACAGCAACCUAUUGUUUCACAGAAAGAAACCACCCAAAAUGUUCCUUCCAAUAAGGAUAUUCAAUCACCAAAUUCACCAACAGAAGUAAAUGUCACACCAAGUAUUGAAACAAGUGAAUCUCCACGCUUAGCUGUAUCCAUUAGAAAUACAACUGCCAAGCAACCAAUUGUGACAGUUAAGAAACCAGUCGUUAUAGAUGAUAAUGAUGAAAGUGAUGACAGUGACUGGGAAAAGGAUGAUGAGGAAAUUAAGAUCAAGAAAACCAAUGACGAUGACGAGGAGGAGGAAAUAAUAGAUUCUAAAUUCUCCCAUCUUUCAGAAAAGAAGGAGAAAAUGAUCGCCAAAUCUGAUAAAAAGACUGAAAAUGAUGAAACUAGUCAUUCUCCAUCCCCUUCAUCAGAUUUACCAUCCGUUUCAGAAAGCAAACCACAUUCCUCAAUAUUACACAAGAGUACCUCCCCAACAGUUUCAACAGGGGUCAAACAGAUUGGUGGAAGAUUUAUGGAAAGACGUUUUCAAAAUAGGCACACACCUGAGACGGGAUGUAAUGAAUACCAGUCCUCACUCGAAGCUGCUUUCAACAAGAAUCGUAAUUCCAAGAUAAUUACUGAACCAAUAGACUUGGAAGAAUCAAAUAAUGAGGAAAAACCAAAAACUAGUGAAGAAAGAAGGAAAGUAUCUUUUGAUUAAAAAAUUAAAUUGUAC